GUGUAUUCCCCAGGCCCGGAGGAUUUCUCUCAAGACUCCCCAAGAUAUCAUUCCCCAAAGCCAGGCAUGUAUGGGGAGUAUUUUAUGGUGCCAGGGGAACCAUGGUCCAGUUCCCUCCCAUCUUCCUACCCGUCCUCACACCUCCCGGGAUCCUCCGGAGGAUAUUCACAACAGUCUUCCUUUCCUCCGAACAUGCAGCAUCACGGAGGCUUGCCAUACCUCCACCCAGUUUCCCCUAGCCAAGAUCCACAGCUGUCCUCUUCCUCUGGGUUGCCCCCUAUGUCCUCCUUUCGUGGUGGCCAGCCGGUCGGAGGAGCCAGUGUGCCUUCCUCGAGUACAGGCUAUGCAGCUGGAACCCCUUCCCCUGCAGUCAACGGGUCUGAUUUGUUACCUCGGCCACCAGUCUCAGGAUCUUCGGGUAUUGCAGUGGGCAAGGCUCUAGCUUCUAUAUAUUCAACUGAACAGACAAACAGCAGUUAUGACGGAUCAGGUCCCACCAGUCCGGUGUCCUCUCCUCCACCUGUGCCAGGUGGAGGUGGUGGACCACAGCAUUGGAAUCGACCUCCAGGUCACCCAGGUGCAGCUUCACAUUAUGAUACGGCACAUGGCACCCUGCAUCCCUUGAGCAGAAUGGAGGAGCGGCUAGAUUUGGAUGAUGCUAUCCAUGUGUUGCGGACACAUGCAGAAGGACAGCCGUUUCUGCCUGGAGGCCACCCAGGGCUGCCACCUCCAAUGUUGCCAUCAGGCCAUCCAGUGGGUGUGUUGGGUGCCAUGAGUUCGUAUCCAGGUGGCAUGAUGGUGGGACACUUGGAUGCUCCUCAUCUGGGAAACCACCAUGGUUUACCAAGUGACAGAGUUCCACCCCCUUCCAGUCUUCCAUCAUUACCUUCAGACCAAGCCAGAUCUUACGAUACAGGAGACGAUGACGAGGAUGCUUCUUGUGAUGGACCAAUCAAAAUGGAGAAGAACGGCAAGCUGGAGGGAGACAAAGACAAGAAGUCUGGGUCGAACGGAGAGCCUCCCUCCAAAAGGACAAGAAACAGCGAGGAUGAGGAGUUAUCUCCCGCAACAAAGGCUGAGAGAGAGCGGUUGCGUAGACAGUCAAAUAAUGCCAGGGAAAGGGUUCGGGUCCGAGAUAUAAAUGAAGCGUUCAAAGAACUAGGACAGAUGGUGACCUUACACUGCACUUCCAGUCAGCCCCUGACCAAGUUGAUGGUUCUGCAGCAGGCAGUCAAUGUCAUCACCUCUUUGGAGAGUCAAGUCCGAGAGAGAAACUUGAAUCCAAAAGCUGCCUGUCUAAAACGUAGAGAAGAAGAGAAGACAGAAGAGUUGCCUGGAAGAUCUUUGUCAUCUGAUGAUCUAUCACAGCAUACAGGAUUAGCCACAAAGUGUCCACCAGAGCCAGGCAAGGGUUGGCAUGGGUGGUAG